GGGGCCCAGCAAAGUCUUACUUUCCGACGUGACUCGCACGUCAUGUAUUAGAGCAUCCAACACGCUCUCGCCCUCUCUCUUCCCUUUUUUGUUCCCCAACCCGCCUGCUCGUCAACGUUCCCAGGGGGGACUAAUAUCGAGUGUCUUCGCCUGACAACCUGCCUCGACAUUUUCAACAGAGGCCGGUCCGAGAUAACUCCCAACCUUUGUACACCACACUAUCCUCCACAUCAUUUAUUUAACUCUGUUAUAUCACAUACACUCACUCGUUGUGGGAGACGGGCGCCGACAGAGCCUAGUCUUACCACCACCCUUUCUUUAAACUUACAAGUUUAAAGAAAUGUCACCAACUAAAUCUCGUCCCACUAUUGCUAGACGUGCCGUUUCUGCUAAUGCUAGUUCGUCCGCCUCGUCUAUCCCGAGGCUUGUCAAACAGGCCACUGGUACAACAAAGUCAUGGAAGCCAACCGCCGACCUCGCCUCGAAGACCCCUCUUAAAAAAGUCCCUUCCUUACUCCAGGAUGAAUCCGUGAACAUUUCCCCGCCAAAGCCACUCUCGUACACUUCUGGUGCAAAUAAGGAAAAUGUCCCCGUUACUAUCUCGCAGGGGAGGAUCACUUAUGUUGGCACCUCACCUUCGAGACAACCAACCGGCAUAUCUAAGCUCCCUAAAUCGUCUCUUGCUGCUCUUAAGAAGAAGGCCAAAGGACGCAUCCCUCUCCGCGAGCUAAGCGAACAGGAAGUGUUCGAACGCGAUGAGGCGGUUCUCGGUGACCUUCGUCGUAGACGAUCCGGGGAACACGGGGCAUUUGAAAUCGACUCAGUUCUCGCGAAUCCCCAGGCAUCUGCCAAUGAAGGUGAUCGUGCAAUCUCCGUCUCGUCAUCUACUACACAUGGCUCUGUCUCGUCCCAGUCCACCGCAGCAACCGAAAUUGACGGCGAGGGUGAUGGUAAUAACAAUGGGAAAAUCCGUGUCCUUAAGAGAAGCGAUUCUGAGGAAGAAUUGCGUGCGAAGAUCAACGCGAUUCUCGAGAACACCGCAUCUGCAAAACCAAGCACUAACAACAAGCUGACCAAGCGCAAAGGUCUACUAACUAAAGCUACACGUCUAUCCCCCAUGAAAGCAUCCCACCCCGCCGUCCGUCAGUCCUCUCCGUCCCCGAAGAAGGCAUAUCACUCCGAAGCGGCCUCGUCCUCCCCUAGCGCUGUCUACUCCAGUGGUUCACCCUUCUCUUCUCCCCUGAAAGCCUUAACCCUUCCCGAGUCUCCCCUCCGCAUCUUGCGCUCCCCCUCACCAAUCGCCAAGCCCGCCCCCGUUAGGACAGGCCUAGGAAAUAAGGCUAUCAACACUAUACUCCAGGACAAGUCUGCGGACAAGGAAAAGAAGGUCAUCAUCACGAGCGGCAACACCAACCAACCCUUAAAGAGGAAGACCAUCACGAAAAAGGCAGGAAGCAGCAGUCUCCGCAGAGCCACAGGCUCUAUUCGCUCUACCUCCACCAUCUCUUCCACCAAUUCUUCAAGACUAGACGAAAUGCGUAAGAUGCGAUAAUGCGCAAUGCGAAGAGAGAGAAAAAUGGGCUGGGGUAGUGAUACUAUCGCUGGGGUCUAUAUAAUGUCCACGUUUCUUAUAUAACGACUUUGUCUCAUUUCUUCUCGCUUCUUCCUUCUUCCCUUGUGACAGCGGAUUCCACGGAGUUUGAUUUUAACUUGCGUGCUUUGAGUUUUUGUUCUUCCUUUCUUUCACCCGAUAUACCCCCCCCCCCCCGCCAAUCAUCCACUUCCCCAUGCCUUGUUUUUAUUUGAUCUUUGUGCGCGAGUUGACUUUUGUUUAAAAAAGCAAUUUUUAUGAUUGUAGCUUUGCUUCGAGUUA